AUGGGCGCCCGCAGGGGGCAAGCAUCCGACGACGAGUGGGCAAAGCACUACCUGAGACAGUUGCGGUGGCCAAUGGAACAGUGGACCAGAGAGAUGUUCGUGAUGCUGUAUGAGGAGAGCUUUAAGAAUGUGAGUAAAGAGGCGUUCGACAAACUCUUGGGUUUCGCGAAUUCGUGGAUGCCGACCCUUAUCAACGAGGACCUCUUCAACCGUUACCGUGCCAGGGAGCGCGCGCACCAAGCGAGCGUAUUUGGCAGGGUUUCUCGCUGGCACAAGGCAACCACCACUGAGUUGAUCAAGGAGUACGACAGAAAGGGGAUUCUGAUCACACCGACUUCCAAGAGCAUGAAGCUCGUGAACGUGACGCCUGACUUUUGCAGAGCUGAUAUCUCGGAGUUCUCGCUGGACCCGCAGUUGCUGGACGUCUUCACGGACGCGGCGAAGGAGUUCCCACACUUGAGCGGCCAGGGGAUGCUGAAGCACGGGAUGGCGUGGCAGAGUGCUCGCAAGCUCCAGGGGGACAUCGCCGAGAUGAAAUUCUCCUGGCUGUCCUUGUGCAUCGAGCCUGGCAUGUACGUGAUGGGUGGGAUCGUCAUUUGCACCAUGCCAUUCGGUUUGAUGGUUUCGAGGGCCACGCUCGUGCCAGUCAGGGGCACGACGGACAUCCACAUUGUUGAGCCCCAGAGCGCGAAGCACAACCCCUCCGACAUGAUCUUCACCAUGCCGAUCAACUCCAUCGAUGGGCUGAAGCGCACCAAGGUUUGCAAGGUGAUGGCGCUCUCGCCGCUGGGGGCUGCCAAGUAUUCUGCCAUGAUCCCAAGCAAUGGCCUUGCGGCUCGACUGAUCAUCGACAAUAACAAGACCGAGAACGCUGUGAAGAUGGCCGCGCUGAGAGGCCUCAAGGAGCUCGACAGUUUCUGGCUUCCCAGGUUGAUGUCGAUGUUGAAGAUGAAGUUUACUUCUGCAUCGCGGCCGACUAACGUCAAGGGCAUGGUGACAGCCAUCAUCAGGGAGAUCACCCCAGGCGCUUCCGACGAGGUGAUCGACAACGCGCUGCAUUGCAGAGGCCAGGUCCACGAGACCAAGGGCGCGACCUCAGUGCUGUCGGACCCCGAGAACUUGGAGAAGAUCGAGACGGGCCUGGAUACGGACGACAUGUUGGUCGUGAAGAAGGCCGCGGAGCAGGUCAGGGCCAGGGUGAACUACAGCAAGCAGCAGGCCAAGGAGAACAGCAAGGACAGGGUUGGCAAGGGUGGCGCUGGUCCUGGCCCGCCCGAGGCGUCUGCAUCUAACGGAGGAGCGGCAGCGGCGGCCUCGUCGUCAGCUUCUGGAGGCGGCGCCGUGCCCAUGGAGCUUGAGGCGGCGGCGCCAGCGGCUUCGACAGCUCCGAGGGCCUGGACAGUGCAUGAUGAUCCCGCUCCCGAUGCAGACGUCGAGCUGGCGUGGGCCAGGAGGUUCGCGCCGCCCUUCGCGACGCUCCAGAAGGACGCGAAGAGGUUCCAGCGCUGGGUGGGCGCCUACCCGAAGCAGCUGCCGCCCUUCUCGGUGAGCAAGAGCUGGGGCCCGAAGACCACCUACACGGUGAAGACGGCGCUGAUGUUCGUGCUGCAGACGUUGUGGCUGCGGCACGAGGAGGAGACGGGCGAGAAGUGCCCGUGCGCGCUGUGGGGCGACAACGUUGGCGGGCUCGCGGGCUACGGGGCUUUCCUCGAGGGCAAGGAAGGACAGCUGGUUUCCCUGGCCCGCGUGGAUCGGAUCCUGGUGGACAUGUUCUCUGCUGAGCUGCUAGGCACCGUCGUCGCGGCGCUGCUGCGCCGGGUGACGGGCCACCGCAAAGCCGCGGAGGCGCUCGACGCGUGCUUGCAGGAGCGUCGGAAGCCUGGUGCCGAGUGCGGCCGAAAGCACAGGGCGCGGGGGGAGCACUCGCUGAAGGACGAGAUCUCCUACCACGGCGCCGAAGGCCAGAUGGCCUACCUCGGACGUGAGCUGAUGACGGAGUUGCCGAUGCCCCAGCUCCUGGCGCACAACGAGGCGCGCGAGCUCGCCCGGCUGAAGGAGCGGCGGGAGCUCCUGCCAGCGUGGAUCACCUGGCACGAGUUCGCCGGCGCCCUGGCGGGCGGCGCCGACCCGCUGCUUGUGAACCACGAGGUGAGCGGGACCAUCAACACCAGGAUCGAGGAGGUGGAGGAGAGCAUCGAGGACAUUGCCAUCCGCAUCACCAAGCUCGAGAAUCAGUCUGCCGAGCAGGCCGAUCUCCCAACCACUCCCCGGAGCGACGACACGGCCAUCUGGGACCACAUUAAGUCCUUCGAGGAGCAGGCUGUCAUAGACAUGGCCAGUUUGAGAAUUCUAGGCCUCGAGCCCAGCAUCGUCCAGCCUGUCCCCAUCCCAGCGCAGGCGGCGCUGGCGCACCAGCUCGCCUUCCUGCCGCGCCCCGCGCCCGGGACCGCGCCCCGCACCCUCGCGGCCGCCCUGGCUGCGGCCGUGGACCUGCCAGCCCACGCGGAGUCGGCGGCGUCGCCGUCCCUCUCCAGCUACGCCCAGCUCACGGCGGCGGCGGCCGCGCCCGAGGCCGAACAGGCCGCGGAUGCCGCAGAUGGGCUGCCCGCGUGGGCCCAGGUCCUCGUAGGUACGGUCGUGAUCGUCGGCGUCAUCGGAGUCGCACCCACCUUCAUGGGCAUGGGCCUCUUCGGCGCCCCGAAGGACGGCGGCGGCGCAGGGGAGGGCACGAGGCUGCCUGUGAAGGCGGGCGGAGCGGCGAGGGACCCGAUCGGCGAGGUGGACAAGGCGCUCAGCCCCUUCGCCAGCGACGGCUGGAAGGGCGUCACCUUUGGGGAGUUCAGCACGCUGACCGCCGCCGACGUCGAGGUCGGGGAGCCUGUGAUGGUCCGCGACCUCGGCGAGUGGCAGAAGGGCACCGUGUACGCCAUCAAAAACGACAAGGUGUAUGUGAAGACAUUCGGGCCAGUACCAAUGGUUUGGUCACAGAUCAAGAGAGCCCGUUGA